CGAGUACAGGCUAGUGACAAGUCGUCCUCAGGUUCCUGGCACCUAGCAUAGCUUGGUAUAGAGGACCCCCUGCAGACAGUGCCCGGGCAGUAUGCAGCCGGGGCCAACGCAGCAGCUUGACUCCGACCGGACGGUGUCAUAAAGCUGGCAUGUAGACAUGACGGCUAUGCUGCUGGCACUGUUCGUGCUGGCUGUAGCUCUAAUGGUGCCGCAGCUCCCGGCUGUGGCACUGGGUGAGGCGCCUGCAUCGGCUCCCGUCCGGGCUGUGCAAUCCAAGCGGCAAGAGGACGUGGCGGCAGAUGAACUCGUGGCGUGGAUCCUGGAAUCAGGGGGCAAGGCGAAUGUGGAGGUGCGGCGGAACGCGGCGGGCGUGCGCGGCCUGUACGCCACCCGGCGCAUCGAGGCGGGGCAGGACAUAUACAGCGUGCCCCUCUCCUGCAUCCUCAACGCGGGGGACAUGCAGGACUUCAGCCUGCCGACGCUGGCGCUGCUUCGCGAGAUGCACACGCCCUGCUCGCGCUUCUCCGCCUACGUCCGCGCCAUGCCGCCACCCGAGCACCAGCUCAACGGCUGCAACCUGCCGCUCAGCUACGUGCCGCUGCUGCAGAGCAGCUACUGGGAGGACCAGGUGCUGACGUGGCGCUCGCUGCUGACGCGGCUGCUGGGCGGUGAGCUAAACGACUCAGCGGCGGUGCUGCUGCCGGAGGCGGUGGGGCGCGCCGCAGACAACAUGACUCUGCUGGAGCUGCAGUACGCCUGCUCGCUGGCGUCGUCUCGAUACAUCACCGGUGAGCCCCGCCAGAGAAUGCUGCUGGUGCCGCUGUUUGACAUGGCAAACCACCGGCCCGGCUGCCCCCACGCGGUGCGGUCGUUUGAGCGGCCCGACCCCUCCUUCCGCCUGGUGGCAGGGGAGCGCAUCCGCAAGGGCGAGGAGGUGUGCUACAGCUACGGCGAUAUGGCUGAUGACGUGGCGCUGGUACACUACGGCAUCCUGGCGGGCGGCAGCCACACCCACCCGCCCCGGCUCCUGAUGGUGGACCACCACCUGUUCGAUCCCGAGGCCGGCAGCAACCUGGUGCCGCCCGUGCCCUUUGAACCCGCCACCGAGAAGGAGCGGCGCCGCGAGCUGAAGCGGCUCCGGGCUCGGCUGGCGGACCUGCGGGAGCUGGACCGCCGGGCGGCGGCGCUGCCGGCCCCACAGCCUGAGCCGGGCUAUGAACGCGCGCUGAAGCUGAUGCUGCGGCUGCAGGUCAUUCGGCGUGAGGCGCUGGAGGCAGAGAUUGGGAGGCUGGGCGCGCUGGGGAAGGCUGCAAAGAUGGGCAAGGGCGGGGCGCAGGAGGAGCUGUAACCGAAGGAGCCGCGCUUGUCACUUUGUGUGAGCCAGCUGCAAGCGUAGUCGGUAGAUGGAUGCUUGGGCGGUUAGGUGGUCAACCACUGCGUCCUGCAUCCACCGCGUGUUAUGUACUACGUGUGGGUGCUGGCAUCUGCGUGUUAUGCGGUAGGUAGGCCGCAGGCGCGAAGCCGCUCUGAUCAGCAGGGGCCACACGCCCACACCGCGUGGACAGGUCUAAUGGUGCAUGACGAUAUUAUACAUGGUACUAAGCGCGACAGUCUCUGGGUAAUGUAGGAGGACCCAACAUUCCUCAUGAUAUCUCCAAGAGGACGACCUUGGAUGACACCUAAGGGUGCCUUUGGACCAGCUGUCUACAGCCUACAGGUAGCGGACAGCGACGGGCACGGAAGGCGCUUGCAAGGGGUAGAAUUUCACAUUCUAGCCCGGUGCAGCCACAGGUGCAGCCAGAGGUGCAUGGCGGCCAGGCCGUGCCCUGCCGUGCCCCACCCCUGGCAUGUCAUGUGUUCAUUAUGUAAAACUGCGCUCAU